CUGUUGUUCAGCUCAACCGUCAAUCCCCUCAACGCCCCUCAACUUACCCAGCAGCACUGGCACUCUUCCUCGAUUCGGGAGUGACACAUAUCGGAGGUGUCGAUUUCGCUCAACUUUAGUCCGCUUCGAAAACCUCGCCAUCCUGAUUUCCGCGUCGAGGCUCAGCACCCAACCCUCGUCGCUCCAGUUCAGCCCAGUCUCGUCGUUGUCGUUGUCGUCGAUCGGAGAAAUCAGGUCAUACCACAAUAUUACAUGACGCGUCGUGAUGUUCGAGCGUCGCGCCGCGGACCGUUACCGGCUCCGGAUGCACCGUGCCCGCACCGUCGCACUAACCUCUGACGAGAUCGUCGAAGUACGGGCAGCGCAACGCACCUUCGAAGGAGCCUACAUCCGUACCGCCCUCUCCCAAUUCUCCUUUGCCCUGGUGGUCCUGAAGAUUUUCACCAGCGAGUUCUAUAGCACUGGGGCGCUUUUCGCAAUCUAUGGCACCGGCGUACUUAUUAUCGGCCUUUUCCGCCGGCAACAAGGCAACCGGCAGUUCUUUGCCGAGGUUGGAGAAGAUGGCAUCCGUCACAAGUUCAGGACGAGUGGGAAUGCUGUGGUGGUCUUGACGGCUCUUAGUAUCGCAGCCUACGCCACCCUUAUCGCGCUGACCGUGAGGCUAGACCAUUAAACAGUCACGCCUUGCUAGAGACAGCCUAAGCAAUAUGCUUACCAUCUUCCUGCGUAACUGCCAAGUGCCAAGAAUACCGCAGAAUGCGAUGGCCCAG